AUGAGCGACAAGGCGCUCCGCCAAUGGGAAAGGGCAGUGCGGCCCUCCCGUCCCGCCCCUUCGGCCGUUUGAAGGCGGGCGGCGGUUGGGGACCGGCAACGGCUGCGGCGCGAGGACGGGAGCAGCUGGGGGGCGGCAGCCACUGGAGCAGCAUCCAGGCCUUGUAACAUGUUAUGCAGCACUUGAGUUUUGACUGCGUGGCUGGCCCAGAGCUGCUGCAGGAUCCAGCCAGCCCAGCAGAAACCAUGGAGAACACACAGGGAGCAGAAAGGUAUGGAUGGGCCACUCUGAGCUAUGAGGAGCAGCAAGGCAGCAGUGAGAGCUGGAGAGUACCCCCCCGCUGUGACCCCUACACUGUGGCCACGGGGCUGAAGCCAGCCCUUCCUGCAUUUGCAGAGCCCAUUGCCGCACCGUGGUCCCCUGGGAACUCAAGAAGGCUGGCAAUGAAGAGGAAGGUGCUGCGGCGGAGACCUGAUGGAGGAGUUGAGGUCUCCGACGAGUCAGUCAUCAGCACAUGGGACACCAGUGAUGAGGUCUGGAGCCUGAGACAGAAAAUGUGUCAGCUGAGCACUGGCCCAGAAGACAGCCUUUCUGAGGGAGAAAUUGAGACAAGCAGCAGCUCCCUUGAAGAGUCCUCCCUGGAGCCUUACUGUCACCGACAGACCCCUGGGGAUGGUCCCCCCUUUCUUCUCAGGGUCCUCCAGGACUCUCCCACCUCUCAGUACACAGCCACAGCAGGACCACCCAAGUCCUUCAUUCCACCAAGGUUAGAAGCACUGGGCCGAAACCGUGGCAAAACUGAUCGGGUUGCCAAGUACUUUGAAUACAAGCGAGAGUGGGAGAGGUUCCAUGUGCCAGGCGAGGACCAGCGGAAGGACUUGCGCUGGGGCAUUCGGGAGCAGAUGCUCGACCGGCCUGGCCUCCCCAGCAGGCCGCAGCGCACCUACGUCCCCAAUGCCUACACGGUGCCCACAGACAAGAAGAGAGCUGCCCUGCGCUGGGAGGUGCGCUGGGACCUGGCCAACGGCCUCAUCCCCCGAAAAAACACCUUUUUCUGAAGUCCUGCAGCACCCACACUCUAUUCACAGAUGUUUUUUCCUCCUCCAGGUCCUCAACAACUCUGAAAAUCUCCUUUGUGUUUAUACAAGUGUGUUGGUUAUGAUGUACAACUUUACCCAGCUCCUCAGGUUAUGGGGUUAUGAACAUCUUUGCUUCUCUAUCACAUCAUGCAAGGCUUCAUGUGGAGUAACUAUCAGAAGGUAUAGGAAGCAGACAGGGUAAACCCAUUCAAAUUACAAGAUUUUAAUGCUCUAGAGAAUAAACAAUAAAAUGAGGCUUGUGAUUUUUGUGAUUUUUGCAUUGAAUUGUGGCAGUUCCCCUGAAUCGGUUGCUGUGUGAGCUGUUUUAUUUAAGGCGUCUUGGCAAUAUGCUUCUUUAAUAAAGCAUGUGAGAAGAUCUGUUA